AUGGCGGGCCCGCGGGACGAGCGGGUUUUCGACCCCAUCUCCUUCGGGAAGGACCUGCUGGCCGGCGGCGUGGCGGCCGCUAUCUCCAAGACGGCCGUGGCGCCCAUCGAGCGGGUGAAGCUGCUGCUGCAGGUGCAGGCCUCGUCCAAGCAGAUCCGGGCGGACCAGCAGUACAAGGGCAUGAUCGACUGCCUCAUGCGCAUCCCCCGGGAGCAGGGAUUUUUCAGCUUCUGGCGUGGCAAUUUUGCAAAUGUGAUACGAUAUUUUCCAACGCAAGCUCUAAACUUCGCUUUUAAGGACAAAUACAAACAGAUUUUCAUGUCCGGAGUGGAUAAAGAAAAACAGUUCUGGAAAUGGUUUUUGGCAAACCUGGCUUCUGGUGGAGCAGCAGGAGCAACAUCCUUGUGUGUAGUGUACCCAUUAGACUUUGCACGAACCCGGUUAGCUGCUGACAUUGGCAAAGGUGCUGCUGAGCGACAGUUCCAGGGACUUGGUGACUGUAUUAUUAAAGUUGCAAAGACAGAUGGAAUUUCUGGCCUGUACCAGGGUUUUGGCGUUUCAGUACAGGGAAUCAUCGUGUACCGAGCCUCUUACUUUGGAUGUUAUGACACCAUUAAGGGAUUAUUGCCAAAUCCAAAACAAACCCCAUUCAUUUUUUCCUUUCUCAUUGCCCAAGUUGUGACUACAUUCUCAGGAAUACUGUCUUAUCCCUUUGACACUGUCAGGAGACGCAUGAUGAUGCAGAGUGGGGAGACUGAACGUCAAUAUAAAGGAACCAUUGACUGCUUUCUGAAAAUAUACCAGCGAGAGGGGCUUAAUGCUUUUUUUCAUGGAGCAUUCUCCAACAUCCUUCGUGGAACAGGAGGAGCCUUGGUGUUAGUUCUUUAUGACAAAAUUAAGGAAGUUUUUAAUCUUGAUACUUCAGAAAGUUCAGGAUCUGAUUAAAAUAGUGAAUGAACAUCUAUUUUGUUUGUGCAAUGUACAUGAUAGGCUUCUCAUUGUUUGGAUAGCAUGUUUUUAGUUUAAACGUUACACAACUCAUUGUAAAAUCAUUUAGAUGUUUCUCUGAAUAAGCAUGUACUAAAUCAAAUACUUUGUUUUGAGGGAACUAGACAGCACUGUUUUCAUUCAAGAAAUUAAUUCAAGAAAAUACUUAACCUCAUUUAAAAUUCUGAAUGUUUCCGUUUUAUUGAUGCUAAAUGUUAGACAUCUUGAAUUUUAAAGUACAGCAUGUACUUGAAUGUAUUUUGCUAACAGCAGCUUACCUAGCCUGUCAGCAUAUCCCAUUGUAAGUACCAACACAUUAGCUUGCCCCAGUUUCUACAUAAACCACAAUAAAAAGGAAAACCUGGUUCUAGGCUGUUGAUGCUUUUCAACGCUCAUUUAAAGCCCAAGAGAGGCAGGAAACAAGUUGACAGAUUUUGAAAAGUCAGCAUUUAGAAAUACAACAACUCAUCUCUCUGUGUGUCUCUGUCUCCCCUCAAAUAGCAUUCAGCAUAUGUUCGUACAUUAUUCUUCAGGAAAUGUAAAAUGGUCGAGGAUUCUUUGUAAAGAAGAUA